AUGGAUUCAUGUCUAUCCGUAACUAGCACUAUUCCAAAUCCGCAGCACGAUACCACCGAGACCAAACUCACUUUCCCUUAUAAUCAAGUUAAACUAGACCCCUCAAUUGCAGAGUCCGAGCUUGAGAAAGUCUUUAAAGACUUGUAUCUGGGAAUUCAAGUCGAAACAACUCUCGGAUGGACGGCCGCUGAUCCAUCGAAAUUGACAGAUGCUAUAAGGGCGAACGCUCUUUUCGUCAAGAGAUUUGAAGAUAGAGGUAGUAUUUUCAUGUCUGCGAUUGCUACAUCUGAACUUGCAAGGGCAUAUGAAGUGUUGAGUAAGUUUUACCACUCAUCUUGUUUGAUCACAAUGCUGCCUAAUUACUAA